AUGUACGGUUAGUUAUCUUGAGGUUCCAAUGUGAUCCCGGCAACAAGUUACUUACUGUAAUGUUUGACCGGACUGGCCGCCGGGGAUCGCUUUUGAGGGACGCUUGGACUAACCUCACUGCGCACCUACACCUUCCACGACGCUGACCUCAGCAACAUGUCCGAGUACAAAAUGGUCCGAGCGAUACGACAUCUCACCGGCUUCAGAACUUUGGAGGUCGGCAAGUGCCCCAAAGGUUGCCUGUCCUAUGGCGCCAAACGACUCCAAGAUCUUGAGGAGUGUCCGACGCGCGGGUGCCGCGAGAAACGUUUCACGCUGGGCAAGAAUUGCGAGAAAACUGAGCGGUCAACGCAGCGCUUUCAUGACCCCGCCCCUUUUGUUAACGCGCUUCGUGCACACCCAGUAAUCGGCCCUACCCUUGCCAAUGCCAAGCCGAGCGACGAGGUCGUCGACUUGUACAAGGCGUCAGGCAGUGGCUCGGGCUCUUACCCGGUCGUGAAGCGAUGGGUCGACGGCUUACACGCACGAAGGCUUUACGCAAACGGCGAUCUCAAGCCGGAUGACAUCCCUCUUGCAACAUUCUCCGACGGAACCGAAGUGCUCGCGCACUCCAACGCCAAUCGCAAGGUCAACACCCACAUCUCUGGGGUGAUACCCAUGACCUUGCCCCCCGAACUUCGUUGGAAGCUAUCAUCGCACUGUCAUCUCCGUGAACGGCCCUCAAAAACCCAAAGACGAAAAGUCAUUCCUCGAAACACUCUGUCAACAGCUCUACAUCUUCGAAGGGGAGCGUACAUACUUUUCAGCCGCUCGGGACAGGCACGUGCUUUGCAGAGACAGGAUCGUGGCUUGCAUAGCCGACACGCUGGAGCAAGCAGCCCUUGGAAACCUCGUGGGAGCAAGAGGCCUCGUUUCGUGCUUGAUCUGCUCGAUCAUCAGCAUACCUCAUUACGCACCUGGAAACACGAAAGGCUAUCUGCCGUUCUGUGUUCCUCAUGCGAAAGCGUUCGAAAACGACGAGGGAGUGAUCGUAUCGGUGCUCGACCAUCCCGAGUGGGCUGGGCUUGUCGACACCACCACGACAUUCCAAACCCCUGGUGGACGGGACGUUCGACUGGAUAACGAGCGCAACUACAAGCACUACCGUCGGGUGGGUGAAGCAAUGAAACGACACCCGACCAAGCUCGAAUCGCUGCGGCGUCGCACGGGGAUCUCAGGCGAAGCUCCGAUCGAGGCGCUUGACCUGUUCAAGGAUGCUUACUCCACGUUCCUACCAUUGGAUUAUAUGCAUCUGAUUGGUAUCAACAGUGGAAGCACUUUCAUCAAUAUCCUCGUCGGCGACUUGGACUCGAAAGCACGCAGGCACUCCAUGACGUUGACCUCCGACGCGAUCGCUCGCAUGACUCGUGCGCAGCUGUUGUCUCGGCCGUACCUUGCGAGAGUGGAGGGUGUGAUUGUCAGGCCUUUAGCCGAGAAAAGGAAAAAUUGUAAAGCAAUCGAACGGGAACUGUUCAUCUUGCGUGACCUGGGACCGCUUUCGUACCAGCAAUUCAAGGAACCCGAGUUCGAGCGACUGACGGCGCUCACCAUCCGGAUGUUUGCGGCGAUGAAGACAUCGGUCUUCAUCGAUGACUCCGUUGACUUUUUCGAUCGCCUACCGGACGUGGACCGGCUCGAAAAACUUCGCCUGUACGAGCUCGAUGAAAAGGGCGAGGUUCCCAUCACGUACACCUACCUCUAUGUUCUCAUCGAACAGACGCUGCUACUGCGCGAGAAGCUUCUCUAUGAUUGA